GAAGGACGUCUCAGCAUCCAGCAUCGUGUCCCUGAUCCUUGAGAAGGUAAAACAACCUGAACUCUUCUGUCUCCGUCUGUUUGACCACAAAGACAAACAGGAUCCGUAAAAUCACUCCGUUAACUGUCGAGUCAGCUGAUUCUGUCAGCUGAUUGGCCUCCGACAUGCUCCGCCUCCUGCUCUGCGUGGCCGCACUCAGCCGGCUCACAGCUGCAGAUCCUGUUUCGCUCCCGGCUGAAGUCGACAUCAGCACCUGUCGCAUCCCGUAUUUUGGAAAGCUCUACGACAAACUGUAUGUGGGCAGCAGCGGAGGCAAACUCUCAGUUUGUUUCACUGGACCUUACAGUCCUGGAACCAAAAACGACUGUCUCCUGGCAACUUACAAUGGAGUCACCAAGGUUUCAUGGAAAAUAGAAACCGUUACGAUUAACGCUGGUUCAGAUUAUCACAUGUCUCUGGAACAGCUCACAGGUUCGUCUCCAUGCCGCGUGGUCCUGAAUCUGCAGGACUCCAAUGAUCAUGUGAGUACUGUGCAGUUUCAUCAGCAGACAUCUGAAUAUCUCAGAACAAAUCGAUUCCUGACAGCUUCAUGUUUCCAGAUUCAAUACCAUCUCCGCCCGUUUGACGACCAAGCAGCCGUGCAAGUAAAGCUCACUGAGUCCUUCACACUGAGUUCUCUGGCCGUCGAUGUGCAGGUCGAUGGUGAUCGGUUGCAACAAUGGAGUUUCACACAAAAACAGUUUGCGUACUACAAGGACAUGAGCGGAUGCAGACACUCAGGUGUUUUCUAUGAACGCAGCGUGGUGGGGUGCGACUCUAAGGCACGUGUUGUAACCUGCAAUGCUUCAGCCGCCCUCAGCAUCAGUUCCUGUGGCCCAGGAGGGCGUUGCCAGGGCAACGGACAGUGUGUGUUGGACGCCAUUUGCACUGUGAGCGGCUCCGAUGUCAUUGAUAUCAGUGGAAAUAUUGGCUCUGUCCUGGAUCGCUGUGCGUACACUCUGAUAUCAGACACAGGCUUCAAGCUGCUGGCCGUCUUCCAGGAACGCCGCCGUAAAGAUGUGAAUUUUUUGGACCAUGUGAUUCUGCAUCUGGAUGAGAAAGACGUUAACAUUCAACUGGGACCAGGCGGGGGAGCUCAGGUGGACGACUCGGCGCUGAGCCUGAACAGCUCGACUCAGCUGAUUCACGGCGUGGAGCUCUCUAAGGAUCACACCGGAGUCACCGCAAAGAUGACGCUCUCCAAAUACAACGCUUCUAUCUUCUUUGAUGGCAACACCGCACAGAUUCACAUGACAGGAGCAGGACCAGCUCCCCUGCAGGGUUCAUGUGUGAACUCCAGCAAGUUGAGUGAAGCGAAGCUCUCCGAGUACAGCUCUGACAGCUGUGAGACGCAGUACAGCGAGCCUGCUGACAGUCAGAUCAACUGCACCACCAUGGCUGAACACUGUAAUCUCCUGAACGAGGCUCCCUUCACCUCCUGCCACGACCACAUCGAUCCAAAUCCGUUCAUCACCGCCUGCACCAACAUGCUGUGCAAAUACCCGGCGGUGGACGGUCUCCAGUGUCAGUUCCUGGUGGCCUACGCCAGAGCCUGCAGCACGUACAGCAGCAACAUGCCGGAAGGCUGGAAGUCAAAGGCCAGCUGCUCCCCCCCUCAGGGUUUCUGUCAGGACACCGUCUGCAGCGCUCAUGAGUUCUGCGGUGAAGACGUCUGUGGUCAACCUCGCUGCCUCUGUCGCGCUAACUUUGCCUCCAAAUACAGAUCGAUGGGAGUUUUCGGCGAGCCGACGGUCUGCAGGAGGAACUCCGCUUCAGUUUCUCUGGCUGGUUGCCUCCUGGCGGAAAAAGGCAUCGACUACUCUACCUUACACCUGAAUGACAAAACCUGCAGAGGUCAGAUGGAUGAAAAGACCCACAUGGUGAACUUUGGCUUCAACAGCAACAAAGACUGCGGGACGAUUGUCUUGGCGGAAAACCAAAAAAUCAUCUACAAGAACACCAUCAGGACAGACAUCAACGCCUCGUCAGGUGUGGUGUCUCGCCACGGCUCGGUCCAGAUGGACAUCUCCUGCUUCUACAUCCAGCCAGAACUCCAGAACAUCAACUUCAAAAUAAAAGGCGGCAAAGCGAUGCAGCAGAUUUUGUCUGGAUCCUGGAAUUACACUCUGUCUCUAAAAAUGUGCGCCGACCUCGCCUGCACUCAACCGCUUGACUUUUCAAAAGGCGUCCAGAUGGACGAGACCAUCUACAUUCACGUGGAAACCGACGGGCUGGACGGCAACUUGAUCUCCUUGGUGACCGACUCCUGCUACGCAACCGACGAGCAAUCCGGUGGCGACGGGUUGAAAUACGACCUCGUCAAAGACGGCUGUGGGAACCCGCAGGACAGCACGGUGAAGGUCGUUGGUAACGGAAAGGGAACAGGAACCAUCGUGUCCUUCCAGAUGUUCCAGUUUAAAGGGAGUGACAGCGGCGUGUUCCUCAACUGCAAAAUGAAGCUGUGUUUGAAGAACAACCCCAGCUGUGUGCCGAAAUGCCAGCGAGGGAGGAGGAGGAAGAGAUCCGUCAGGCCUGAAUAUUAAGAUGAGAAUCCCGCCUUCAUCAACGUGUCCUGGAGCACUUAAGGUCGUUACUAUGGCGACUGACCGGCUGCCCACCUUCAGAAUGAUUCAAGAUUUUUGCUUCGUCCUGAUCAUCAUCAAUUAUCAUCAUCAUUCAUCAUCAUCAUCAUCAUUCCGAGCCUGGAUAACUGAAUCCCUUCAGUUUUAGAACGAUGCAUCAUCUUCACUCAGCCCCUCCAGGACCUCGCAGAGGUUCUCUGAUUAUUGACAACCUGCAGUUUGCAAGAUUUCUUCUAAUUUGACCUUUUUUUGUGAAAGCUCUCCCCCAGCACCAACAUCAGUCUUCUGUUUACUGUCCAGCUGUCACCUUUACUAGAAAUUCAGUUUUUUAAAGACCUGUCUGAAUGCAAAUUUACUUUGAGUAAACACAUCUGGCAGCUCCUCACAUUCCGGUGGGAGGUUUACUUAUAAUGCGAUCUGCUGAUGUCCUGUUGUCCUCUCAGUACAUUAGACUGUUGUUCUCUUCGCUUGCACUAAAUAUAUUAGACCAGCGAGUCUCGCAGAGCAGAUCUGAGCAGAAGUAUUUUUGAUUCAACACCACAGAUGGAGAAAUUGUGGUUAAUGGUAUAGUACAUUUUUGAAAAUGCACAGAAACACAACACAGCACAGUCAGAUCAGAUUUCAGCAGGUGAAAUUUACUCGUAAACGGAGGUAAAAAGACAGGAAAUGAACAGGGAGUGAAAUCCGGUGUGACCACUGCUGCAGCGUAUUUUAGGAUCAGGCUACAUGUGUUGUGUUCAAAUCAAAUCAAACUAAUUAUGUGUUUGUUUGAGAUUGGUUUCUGGAAAAAGUGACAUUAUUCAUCAUUUUAGUUCCUGAAUGCCCCACGCUUAUUUUAGUUAUUAAAUGCCCUACACUCAUUUAAGUCCCUGAAUGCCCCGCGCUCAUUAUUGCAGAUAACAAGUUCCUGGAGGGACUGAAUCUAUAAUCAAUAUUAUAACUUUACUUUUAUUAACAUGGUGAAGGGAAAUGUGUCUUUGAUUUGAAUUAUAACCACUUUAUCACAUAGCAACACUCUUAUUAAACAAAGACAGUGAUUAUGAGAAGAGUUUCCAGUAAUCAAUGGGAGUGUUUGUUCUUCUAUAUGAAACUAAUAGAAAGGAUUUACUGUGUUUUUACAUUAGUGCUUCAUUCAGUUUUUUUUUAAAUUUUCUCCCUUAAACUCAUUGAUUAAAAACAGAUUAAUUGAACUUAAAUUGAACAAGACAAAACAAGAACAUCUGGUUCAUGAAGCAUGAGUUACAUCUUUGUGACUCUGGAUAGUUAAACAGACUGCAGAUAAAUAAUCCUGUAAAUGGCAGCAAUCACCAAUAAUACUCACUCUACUUAAUGGACUACAUUUCCCAACAUGCUCUGGGGCUGUACACCAGGUUUCUGUUCCAACAAGCAGGUUCAUUGAUCGUCUGAAACACCUUUCAGUUCUCAUGUUUUAACUGCUGCUUUAAUCAACAAUAUCAACUUUUCUUAAGUCAUAUGAUAAAAAAAAAGGUUUUGACUUCAGGUAUUACUGACAUAUAAAUGAGUCUCAACAGCUCAAGAAAAAACAUUGAGACUUCAGGUUUUCAGCUCAAGAAAUCACAAUUAAUUAAUUUUAUUUUGUCUCCUAAAUUCAUUAAUUGAAUUAUAAAUCAGUAUAAAAUAAGUAAACUCUACGUCCAGCCUACACAGCGAGUUACUUUCCUGAUGUUUCCAGUUUGUAUUUUCUGUCUAGUUUCCGGAGAGCAGCAGCCUGUAACAGGAAGUCAGUUCAGCUUCAUUCGCUGAGCUGUGACAGAAGCUCCGACACGACGAGGUUUAGAUGUUCAGUCAGAAUCAAUCGACAUGCUGAUCAUUCAUAGAUUCAUGUUAAAUAACGACUGUAACUUCAGACUUAUUGACACUGUUGACAUGCUGUUGUGCUGUAUGCCCUUCAUUGUGUUAUUGUUUGUUUAAGCAUCCCAAAAGUACAAUAAAAAUAAAUAAAUAAUGGGAAUCUGGGUAAAAGACAAAUAUGAGUUUGAGUCUUUUUUUAGUGAUUCGUCAGUUCCUUAUUUUAAAAUACGUCCUCCAAAUGAAACAAGCAGAUCCGUGGUUUGAUCAUG